UCCAGUCUCCGACGCUCUCACUCUCCCCUCUAUAAAACCGCCCACUUCCUAAAAGCAACCACCGCUGCCUUCCGCUUCCCACGACCUUUCCGCGCCCACGCACCGGCACCACACGGCCGCACCGCGCACGCACCAACAGCAACCGCCGGCCGGCCGCCGCUCCGUCCUCCUAUGAACGACGCCGGAGCCAGAAAAGCGGGCGGCGAGCUUCCGCUCCGGCCGCCGGAGCCGCCUCGGGACCCGCUGGAGUUCCUGUCCCGGUCCUGGAGCGCGUCCGCGACCGACGUCUCCCGCGCGCUCGCCGUCGCGCCACCGGCGCCGCCGCUGGGCGCCGGGGCGGGGUCCAUCGCCGAGGACGUCGCAGGGGAGCUCGACGGCGACGGCGGCGGAAGCGGAGCACCCACCCCCGGGAGCUCCUUCUCCUUCGCGUCCGCGGCCACCUCGCAGCUCAUCAUGGACAGAAUCAUGGCGCAAUCGCAAGAAGUGUCGCCGCUGACCUCCGGCCGGCUCUCCCACAGCAGCGGACCUCUCAAUGGAGGCGGCUCACUCUCCGACAGCCCGCCCGUCUCGCCGGAGAUCGACGACACCAAGUUUUGCAGAGUGGCGAGCACUGUCCGGGGCGGCGGCAAGACAGUGGGCCGGUGGCUCAAGGACCGGAAGGAGAAGAAGAAGGAGGAGACGCGGGCGCACAACGCGCAGGUCCACGCUGCCGUCUCGGUGGCGGCGGUGGCCGCUGCGGUGGCCGCCGUGGCGGCCGCGACCGCUGCGGCCUCCUCGGGGUCCGGCAAGGACGACCGCGCCGCGCGCACGGACAUGGCGGUGGCGUCCGCGGCGACGCUCGUGGCCGCGCAGUGCGUCGAGGCCGCGGAGGCCAUGGGCGCGGAGCGCGGGCACCUGGCCGCCGUCGUCGGCUCAGCGGUCAGCGUCAGGACCCACGGCGACGUCGUCACCAUCACGGCCGCCGCCGCCACAGGUUUGCCAAUUGCCAUGGCAACCAAACCUGCAGCACCUUGUUCGCAUCGACCGGCGGCAGUGAGUGACAUGAUCGCGUUGCGUUUCUUGAUCUUUGCAGCGCUGCGAGGCGCGGCGACGCUGAAGGCGAGGGCGCUGAAGGAUGCGUGGAACGUCGCGGCAGUAAUCCCCGUGGAGAAGGGCACAGUAGGAGCAGGAGGAAGGGGAGACCGUCACUACCACAGCCAGAAGCACAAUGGCCAGUGGAAGCAGCAGCAUCACAGGGAGCUGGACAGCAGCAGCAGCAGCUUCAGCGACGAGCUCGUGCUGACCGAGGAGAACAGCUUCCUGGGCAUCUGCACCCAGGAGCUGCUCGCCCGCGGCACCGAGCUCCUCAAGCGCACCCGCAAAGGAGCGUUGCAUUGGAAGGUUGUCUCCGUGUACAUCAACCGGACGGGCGUGGUGAUGCUGAAGAUGAAGAGCCGGCACGUUGGAGGCACCAUCACCAAGAAGAAGAAGGGCGUGGUGGUGGACGUGUGCAGGGACGUGGCGGCGUGGCCGGGCCGGCACCUGCUGGAGAGGGGCGAGCACCGGCGCUACUUCGGCCUCCGGACGGCGGAGCAGCGGGUGAUCGAGUUCGAGUGCACCAGCCAGAGGGAGUACGAGAUGUGGACCAAGGGCGUGGCGCGCCUCCUCAGUAUCGUCGACGGCCGGAACCGGCUCGUCUGA